AUGCCCUUCGUGAACGACCUAGAAAUGCCUCCCACCGUGUCUACCGAAUUCACGCCUCUGCUGCGUCACGAAAGCGAGACGGAGGAGGGAGAAGCUGCCCCGACAUCCCGUGAGCGUCUCUACCUAUUUUUAGAAGCCAAAACUCCGGCAGGUCGCUGGUACGAACGCUUCAUCUUCGCGCUAAUUCUCCUCAACGUCGCGAGUUUCAUUCUCGCUUCCCUGUUUGUGGAGGACUACAACGACGCUCCUUGGGCCUCUCGCAAACACGGCUUGUGCGGAAAUCUCUGCGACGCACUCUGGUUCGGCAAUUAUCGCGACAAUGGUUUGGAAUGGCUGCAGUUGGGCUCGACCAGUGUACUAGAGAUUGGUACCGUAUUGGUCUUUUCCGUAGAGUAUGUGCUGCGUCUUUACACGGCCGAUUUGGAAGAUGCUCGCUAUACCGGCCUUGCUGGUCGUCUCCGUUACGUGCCGACUUUCUUCAGCAUGGUGGACCUCGCCUCGACGGUGCCGUUUUACGUCGAUAUCUUUUUGCGCCAUACGGAUUUAGCUGCGUCCAGUUUUUUGCGAAUGUUUCGGCUCUUCCGGAUGAUGCGAGUCGAAGGACGCUACGAUACAGCCUUGACCAUGGUGGAUGACGUCUUUGCCGCCCAAAAAGCUAUUCUUGGAACCGCCCUUUUUGUCGGCUUUACGACGUGGAUGACGGUUAGCAGUCUCUACUACCUAGUAGAACGCCGAAGUAAUGACAUGAUAUAUUGUGGCGCGGCACCGGAAUACUGCCCUGGCGACCUCGAUACGAAUCUAUGUGUUAUCGACGAUUGGGGUGUGACGAAUUGCACCGCGGCGGGAUGUCCAGCGACCGAAGAAUACCCCGAACCGUGUUACAACCUAUUCAAUUCCAUUCCUAUGGCGAGCUACUACGCUCUGUUAAAUCUUUUUGGUGAAUUCCCGCUUAUUGAUCAGCAUUCUUCGGCCGGUCAAGUGAUUGGCACUUUGACGGCGGUGGUGGCGGUCGCGGUUUUCGCUUUGCCCGCAGGCAUAAUAGGAAACGGCUUUGAAGAUGUAAUUGAGAAACGCCGGGACACUUCUGACGAACCAUCAGAAAUUGUCGAAGAAGGAGGAAUGACGAGCGGACACCAAUCUCCGAACGCCACUCCUCGAGGAUGGUGGUACAAUCUAUUACACGCCCAAACAAUUCCUGGAGCGGCGGCUCUCGAUCGCUUCAUCAAUUCACUCAUUGUGUUGACCGCCUUGUCCUUUAUGCUGGAUACAAUUUCGACGCUGUCGUCCAAGACGCACAUCCUUUUGGAUAGUUUUGAGCUCAUUUCUGUUACCGUCUUCACAUUAGAAUUUGCAAUGCGUGUUUAUGCAGCCAAGGAAGAUCCUAAAUACAACCACCCCGGUGGCCGAUUUGCAUACAUGAUGACGUUCCUCGCACUUGUAGAUAUUCUGAGUUUUCUACCCUUUUGGUUCGAAGUUAUCUUCACUGGAAAGAUUAUUACCCCGUACUCCGACUCGUCUUCAACCUGGAGUAACGUCGUCAAGGGUCUCCGAUUGCUACGUAUUUUACGUUUUGAACGAUACACGCACGCCUUCACCAGCUUUGACGACGUACUGGCACGCAACAAGGACGUGUUGGCCGUCACUGCGUUCACUGCUAUACUUUUCUGGGUAUUCUUUGGGGCGUUUUUGUACUUCACCGAACGCGACAAUCCCGACGAAGAAAUGGCGUCCAAUUACAACACUGUACCAAAUGCCAUGUGGAUCACCUUGCUUAAUCUGGCCGGCGAAUCACCCUUGAGCCAGUAUUCAAUGGCUGGCAAAGUGGCCACGGGCGUUCUUGGUCUGUUCGCGACAGGAGUAUUUGGUAUUCCGAUUGGUGUGUUGGGGGCUGGGUUUGAAGAAGUCGUCGAACAGGAAAAUGAAGACAAUACGGAAGAGCUGGAGUUUCAAGACCAUUCUACAAGAAGUACGGAAAACCUUGGAAUUUCCGUGGAACAAGCUGCCUACAAUUUUGUCAAUGGAAACGGGUCUACAGCGGCGCAGUAUUUUGAAAAAAUGAUCUAUGUUCUUAUUUUCUUGGCUGUAGCGGUCGGUGUGUGGCAGACUCUGGAAGGGCAAGAGAACACCUUCAGUGAAGUGGAAUGGGGCGCAGUGAUCAUAUUUACCGCCGAAUACCUCAUUCGGCUAAUAGGUGCUGGGGCUGAUCCUGACUUUGCCAAGGGCUGUGGUGUAGUUCAGAGUCGUCUCCGAUUUCUGAUCAGUUUCUACUCGAUCAUUGAUCUGUUAGCGAUUAUCCCUUUUUACGUCGCAUUUGCUUUGCCGAAUUCGAUUGUGAAUGACUACGACGAGUACCUAAGAAUGCUUCGUAUCCUACGAUUAAUCAAGCUGGAUAAAUAUGUCCCGAGCAUUACUUUAAUUGACGACGUGAUUCGGCUAAAAUUUAACUCAUUGAGGGUGGCAUUUUUUGCUGCCAUUACUCUCUGGAUUUUGUUUGCAGCCCUCCUCUUUCUUUGCGAGCAUAAGGAUGGAUGGAACAGCAUUGACAACGUGCCGCUAUACGGUUGCGAUGAGAACUGCUCGAUGGUGGACCGUUUCCAGAACUUUUUCGACAGUAUGGUGUACACUGGUAUUCAUUUGACCGGUGAUUAUCCCAUCAUUACAUACUCCUGGCCGGCACGAUUCGUCAAUUUUUUCAUGGUCAUAGCUGCAGUAGGGGUUGUUUCGAUCCCCAGUGGUUUGAUCGCAAGUGGGUUUGUUCAAAUCGUACAGAGUAAGAAUAAAGUUCAGCGUGGCGAGGAUCCUAUUUCUCCUGGUGGCCGGGCAGGAGAUGAUUGGUACGAAAUUCACUAUCGCACUCUCGAAGGAGUAGAUCCUCCUCCUUCACCUCUCGGUCCAAAAGUUGACGAAUGGCAACAUGCAGUGAACAAGUUCUUGAAUGGGACCAAAAUCUCCGGUAGCCACACGCAGUGGACCCGAGUUUCCUACGCAUCGCGAGUGUUUAUUUUUGCCGUCAUUAUUUCAAACGUGCUUGCUGUCCUGGUAGAAAGCAUCCCACGUAUCGACAAGGCUGUCGGCAACCAGGCUGGCAACUUCUUCGAUGUUUUUGAAGCUUUUUCUGUCAUGAUUUUUGCUUCCGAGUAUAUUUUGCGACUCUUCUGCGCACCUAAGAAUCGUGAAGCCCUCUACAGUACCUUCAUUUAUGCAACAACAUUCUUUGGUAUUGUUGAUUUGCUCUCUACAGCUCCUUGGUUUGUGCAAGAAGCUUUAAUUGCGACUGGCCGACUGAAUGCCGGCGGCGACUCAGCCAAAAUAUUCCGUCUGUUUCGUAUUUUCCGUAUCCUGCAAUUAGAGGACUUCAUCACGGCGUUUAGCAAGCUCGAUAACGUCUUUCGAGCUUCAAAGGAUGUACUCAAAGCCACAGGUUUAAUGGCGUUGAUUAUAUGGGUCGGGUGUGGAGCGCUGUUCUUUAUCUUUGAAGAGAACAACCCGAAUUGGCGCGUAUGCGACGCUUCGAUUCCGUUAUCGACGCCAGAUCCAAACCAACCAGGGUGCUACGAUUUUGGCAGUACAGCAGCUUGCAACCAAAUCUAUCCCGGCUUGUGUACGCAAAAGGCCUUUACAGAUAUGCCGAAUGCGUUGUACUAUACAGCCGUCUUUCUCGGUGGGGAAUGGGGUGUGGUGGACUUUACAUGGCCUGGUAGGAUGGUCUGUCUCUUUCUGUGCGUCAUCGGAAUCGGGCUAUACGCAAUUCCGAUUGGUUCACUUUUUGACAGCUUUGGAGCCGUCUUGGGUAUGGGAGGUGACGAUGAUGAAGAAGAGGAGAGAGCCGAGGAGGGUCCCGAAGGAAAGUAAGGGGCUUCACCGUAAAUCCUAAUUUUUUUCAAAGAAAUC